AUGACCCAGAGGCUGGGGAGGAAAGUGGCCCAGAGAGUCAGGAAAUUGGCCAAAGUCACUGAGAAAGAUCUGUCCAUUUUGAUCUCGUCCUUGUUUGGCCUCAGCUGCAUCACAGCUCCACUUGUGCUCAGCUUCUCCAGAGGAAACACCACUGCACAAGAUGCUUCUCCUCCCAGCUGCUGCUCUGUGCUGUCUGUGUUCAGCGCUGGUUGCCAUGGCAGCACAGCUGAUUCAGGACGAUUUGACUUUGACCUGGAGACAAACAUUCAGCAGCAGGUUUUUGUACGACCAUUUUUCACUGUGGGAGGAAAGUUGUACCUCAUCUUUGGCUCUGGAACUAAACUGUAUGUAACAGAUGAGCAGGUAGUGAAGCCCGUGGUGAGCGUGUACCCAGCAGCAUCCAGAGUCCACCUGGAGGGGAGCAGCUCCCUGCUGUGUCUGGCCUCUGCCAUGUUUCCUCCUCUGGUCCGCUUCUCCUGGAAAAGACAGAAGGAGGACGGCCAGCUGGAGGAUGUGGACCCUGCUGAGGCAGAGCAGCUGGAGAUCAGAGAGCCGGGACGCAGCGCCUCCAUCUUGCUGAUCCAUCAGCAACAGGACAGCACAUAUAAAUACAGCUGCUACGUCCAGCACGAGGAGGGACCAGUGGAGGCCCAGACACAACAAGAGCUUCCAGCUCCAGCAGCCUCCUGUCCUCCAGAGAGAGAGCCAGCAGACCUGCCAGCUCUGCAGCAAGCUCACUCCUCCUUCCAGGUGAAUCUGCUCUGUCUGCUGUCCACAGUGCUGAUAGUGAAGAGUCUGGUGUUCUGCUGUGGACUCUCUCUGCUGAUGAUCCUCACAAACAAGGGACCGUCCACCAACUGCACACAUGCUGACUGACUGUUUGCUGCUGGACUUUUCUCACCGUCACAUCUCAUCAUUACAUCUUGUUCAUUUCUUUGAUCAGUGAUCAGAAACAUCAGUUGUGUCGUGUUGUCUUUGAUUAUAAAAUACUUCUCUUAAUUCACAUGUUGGAUCUUCAUCCUACAAGUGGAAAUUCAUAUAUUCACACAUAUUUUUAGUGUUGGACUUUAAAUUCUGCAGGGCAGUGUUCGUUUGAUAUUUGAGUCUUGUGUUACUUUAUAAAGUUUGAUGUCGAGUGAAACAGGUUUAUCAACAAAUACAAUAAAAUUACAAUAUCUGUGUUUGAUAAGCAGCUUUGAAUAGAUUUUUUAGCAAUUGAACAGAACUGUCAUUUUUGACAUAAGGUGUUUGGCUGUAAUGUGGAGUUAGAUACAACAGUAAAACAUCUAUUUAAAAAAAUUUACUUUUUAUUUGUGACAACAGAUCAAAUUGAGCUGAAUUAUUUGUUGUCUUGUACAUGUUUCAACAUUUAGCAUCACAGGUGUUUCUACUGGGUUUUCUUUUUAAGAUAGAAUCAAAGUGUUGAAGACUCUUCACAUUUAUUCAG